CCAUCCAAGUUUGUGUUCUCCAAAGUAUGACAGAGGACCUGGAAGGAAAGGAAACAAUAUGCGAUUCUGUAUGUUCUUUAGUGGAAGGAUGUCGCCUACCAGUCAAAAUGAGGAGCGGGGACGAUUGGCCGUUGGCAGAAAUUAUAAGCAUAAAAGAAGCAGAGGGCAUGCGGCAUUACUACGUCCACUAUGUUGACUACAACAAGAGGCUAGAUGAGUGGGUGGAAGAGGAAAGGCUGGACACCCGAAAGGUCCAAUAUCCACGGAAAGACGGCCAACCUCUGCCAAGCACUGGUGUUAGCACUCCCAAGAAGGUUAACUCUAGUGUGGCCAGUGCGGCUGGAUCGUCUCGACCGGCCUCUCCCGUUGGCUCAGAACUGGUCAAUGGCAGUGCUGUGCUUGCGGCCGCUCUCACAAAACGGAUGGCUCGCAAGCGCAAGGCCCCAUCAUCAUCAUCUACCUCCUCCGAACCUGCUGAGAAACAGCUGAUCCUAGCAGAGCCAGGGCCGCUGGAGGUGCCAAUAGCAACGCCCGCUCCUACCCCUACACCCACCCCUACUCCAGCUCCCUCGCCUGCUCCCCCUCCCUUGACACCCGUUCCUGCCGCAGCAGCAGCCCCUCGCAUCACCGGCUCCAUGGUCUCCCACAACGACGAUGAGGUCACCAAGAUGAAGAACAUAGAGAUGAUCGAGAUCGGAAUGUACAGGAUACGACCGUGGUACUUUUCCCCGUACCCUCAGGAACUAACUUCCCUGCCAUGUAUUUACAUCUGUGAAUUCUGCUUGAAAUAUCGGAAAAGUCGAAAAUGUUUAGAAAGACACCUGGCAAAAUGCAAUUUGAGGCACCCUCCUGGAAAUGAAAUCUACAGAAAUGGAACCAUUUCUUUUUUUGAGAUAGACGGCCGGAAAAACAAAGUCUACGCCCAAAAUUUAUGCCUACUUGCCAAAUUGUUCUUGGACCAUAAAACGCUGUAUUACGACACCGACCCGUUCUUAUUCUACGUAAUGACAGAUCUGGACGAGAGAGGGUUUCACAUAGUCGGUUACUUCUCUAAAGAGAAAGAAUCAAACGACGAUUACAACGUUGCUUGCAUACUGACGAUGCCUCCCUACCAACGGAAGGGAUAUGGGAAACUAUUGAUUGAGUUCAGUUACGAACUGUCCAAGUUUGAAGGAAAAACCGGUUCGCCAGAAAAGCCACUCUCGGAUCUGGGAUUGUUGUCGUACCGCAGCUACUGGGCCCAAACCAUCCUCGACAUUCUCAUCACCACCAAGCCUACAGGCGACAACGAUAAACCUCAGAUCACCAUAAAUGAAAUAUGUGAGAUGACCAGCAUCAAGAAGGAAGACGUGAUUGCCACCCUUCAAAAGUUGAAUCUCAUAAACUAUUACAAGGGCCAGUACAUAAUUACGAUAAACCGAGAGACGGUGACACAGCAUAUGGCCGCGAUGGCAAAACGGAAGAUCAGAAUAGAUCCAAAGUGUCUACACUGGACGCCCAAAGACUGGUCUAAGCGCGCCGGCUGGUGACGUACUGUGUACGUACUGGCGCGUAUCUGUGUCGUACUGUUGUUUCGCUGUACUGUGAUAUUCUAUGUAGUUUUGCUGUCUUGUCAGCUGUUUCAUUGUACAUUGUCAUGUAGUCGUAAGAAUGUUGGGCACUUCAUGUCAGGCAACGUGUAUUGUCGGUGUGUUUGUAUAGUUGUCCUCCGAUUACCUUCAGUAUGUUUUUAAUGUGCUCAAAUUCUUCUUUCCGCUUCUUUAGUAAUCCAGGCUGGUUAGGUUUUGUGAACAGUCUUCUAUCAGUUAUUGAUUUUCUGUUACAUCUAUUACUUAUUUAAUACGCAAGCAGAUUUUUUGUGACAAUUACUCCUCCGAAACUACUGAACCGAUUGACAUGUUUUUGGUGUCAUUGGAAAGAGCGUAACGUGAAGUUGUGCAGGAAACUUUCUUUUUAGGGAAAUAAUUAGAGAGUGAGGCCCUGGGGCCCUUUAAAGUUUUGUAUUUCUCCAUAAGAUUAACUUGGGAAACAAACAAUGCUAUGAAACUCCAGCUGUUGUCAGAAAUUAAGUGAGAAGAAGAACAUAUGUUAAUUGUAAACAGUCAAUAAGUUUGCCAAUUUAACAGUUUGCUACAAACAUUUACUGACUUGGUUGAAAUGAAAUAUUUACUAUUUAAAUAUGGGUUGGUGUAAAUAUUACAAUGGAAAAAAAGCUAGAGAGCCUGGAUAAAUUGAUAUACUAAAAAGAAAAAGAAAUUAACACUGUGCUGCAUUUCUUAGUAAUCAUUGAAAGAGCCGGUUUGCAAACUAUGGAAACAUAGGAAAGCCAUUGAACACCACC